CGUGGAAGCUGUGGGUCCGCCCCCCUCCCCACCACACCCCUCUCCACACACACCUUGUUUCACUCCAGGCUUAUGCCAGGAAAGAUGGUGUCUCUCACGGAGUUUCAGAAGAUUGGUGUCGGUCUUGUGGGCUUUGGCCUAUUUUUCAUCUUUUUUGGGGUGCUCUUGUACUUUGACUCAGUACUGCUGGCCUUUGGAAACCUCCUGUUCCUUUCUGGCUUGGCCAUCAUCAUCGGACUGAGAAGGACUUUCAGCUUCUUCUUCCAGAAGGAAAAGCUAAAGGGCACCAGCUUCUUCCUGGGAGGCAUUCUCAUUGUGCUCCUGAGAUGGCCUCUUCUGGGUAUGUUGCUGGAGACCUAUGGCUUCAUCACCCUCUUCAGGAAUUUUUUCCCAGUCAUCUUUGGAUUUCUGGGAGCUUUGGGAAAUAUUCCACUGCUGAGCAAGAACGUCUCUUUUUCUCCUGCUAUUCUGCUGCCGACUUCGUUAGCUGAUCUUCCGUCUUCUGUAAUGAUGCUUCCUAAGUAACAGUAAUUUCUCACGUGUUGUACAGCUGUGUCACUCGCUGGAAUCUUGCGUGUUUUCCCAGGAUCCUUGCAUAUCACCAUAGUUUUUGCCUUGUCCACAUUCAACUCUAGACUCUCAUUGAUAUUAGAAUUGGUCAAAAAAUUGUGAAAAAUAUUUGACAAUUUUUGUUGAAAUGUCACCAACAGGAACAGUUUUGACCAGCACUAAUUCAUAGGCAACAAUGUGUAUCUGUUUGCCAGAGGUCUGGACUGUAUCUUCUGUGUAGAAAAAAGUCUUAAACUGUGAAUACAGAGUUGCUGAGGAGACGGAUUGUACUCAAUAGCAAAUAGCAUCAGGACUUCAACUGGUCAUUCCUUGUUACAAUGCCAACCAACUUUGAUAGCUGCUUUCAACUACCUGAGAGGUGGUUCCAAAGAGGAUGGUUCUAGACUAUUCUCAGUGGUAGAAGAUGACAGGACAAGGAGUAAUGGUCUCAAGUUGCAGUGGGGGAGGUUUAGGUUGGAUAUUAGGAAAAACUUUUUCACUAGGAGGGUGGUGAAAUACUGGAAUGCGUUACCUAGGGAGGUGGUUGAAUCUCCUUCCUUAGAAGUUUUUAAGAUCAGGCGUGACAAAGCCCUGGCUGGGAUGAUUUAAUUGGGGAUUGGUCCUGCUUUGAGCAGGGGGUUGGACUAGAUGACCUCCUGAGGUCCCUUCCAACCCUGAUAUUCUAUGAUUCUAUGUCCUGGGGCAAGUCUGGGAGAGACUGACACUGUCCUGGACAAAUAUUAUUGAAUUAAGUUUAAUACCUUUGUGGUCCAUUUCUUCAAAAUGCAGUUGUGCCUGGAUUAUUGUGGGAUUGUACGUAAUUUCUCUAGAAGCCUGACCAAUUAAAUCUCUGAAAGUAUUAGAAACUUCAAAGGGCUUUGGAGGACAAUCUCUCUGAUGUGGCUAUCCUGGAAAGUAUUUGAGAGGAAGGAAAUGCAAAUUCUCCCCUAGGAAACCAGCUUUUUGAAGCUAUGUCCUGGGGAGCAAGACUCUUUCCCCCCCCCCCCCCC